AUGCUGGUGCAGGUGGAGCAUCAGGCAGUCCAGAAAUGGGUUCGGGUUCGGGUUCCAGUGACAGAUGACUGCUAUGAUUACUUGAAGUUCAUUCAAGAGGUUCAUGCUAAAUUCAACUUGGCAAGUGGAGUCUCUGUAGACCUGAAGGACUCAUCUGGAGUCGAUGUGGAUGCUGAUAUUUUUGAUGAACUCCUGAGGUCUGCUACAGUAUCUUUCAAAGUAGUCACUGAGCGCUUUGUGGCCCCUGUUGAUCAGAGUGAGGUCACAGAUGCUUCCUUCAGUUCUGAAGAUGGCUCAUUCUCGUCAGUCGAGUCUCCAAGCUCAGCAAGCUCAUCUUCUACAGUGAUUACAGAGAACACCAAAGCACAGAGAAGACGACUGGUUGAAGGACCACCUGACAGUGAGAUGGCAAAAAAUAUUGUCUAUGUAGCUCUGCACCAAAAACCAGGGGGAGAAGAUGUAAUAAAAGAGUACAACAAGACCAGAAGUCUCUCUGAUCCAACAAGAAAGAAACUUGUCAACAUUUUAGUGGCGGAUAUGAUUGAAAGUCAUGGGAGAGUCCCUCCUGUCAACGUUCGCAUUACCCACGCCCUGGGAAUUGUCACCCUCUUCCCCAGUUUGAAAGAUAAUGGCUCACCGACUGGCUAUGUGAGUAUUAAUUUGCAGGAACCCUGA